AUGGAUACAGAAGACAUAGGAUCAUGUAAAUUAGGUCAAAUAUUGAAGCAGAUUUGGAGACAAAACCAAAUGUUAAAGCAGGCACUCCUGGGUGAUGAUCUGUGUGAAGUGGCUGGUGAAGCCACUUGGAUAUCCACAGUGAUCUUUUUGGGUCAAGGACUCAACGAAGCCCUUUAUCAAUUGAUGGAGCACACUGCAGGGUCCCUUCGGUCCACCUGCCAGCAGCUGUAUAUACUACUUGACAAGGAUAAUCGGUGUGUCUGGAGACAAGAAAUUAUUGCUUUCAUAGAUUGCCUCAUGAAAAUGAAUGCACAUUUGGGGAACACCGCUACGCUUCUAAAGAAAGAAGAAAAAGAGAUGUGUAAUUUAUGCAGCAUGCAUGAGGACCACACUCCACAGCAGACAAUGUCAGCCAUUCAAGAGACCAAAGCAACAGACAUUGCUCCAAGAAGGGAACUAAAUGUCAUGGAAACAGCUACUGUUUCUCCUGCAAAUGCAGAGGAGUGCCAUUACACAAACAAGGGCCAGUCAAAAGAAAAUAAAACACAGAUAAAUUCUGAAUUAGGGGCAAAAGAAAACAAUGCAUCAUUGAGCGGAAACAUAAUAGGGCAAGAAGAGUCGCAGAGCGCAGUGUUCCCAGAUAAUGCAGAAAAUGAAGAUGAAAAACAAAUAGAACACAUGACCGCUGAGAACAUAAAUGGCAACAAGGAAGACAUUCAUGAUGUAAUCCAGACAACAGCAAGGGAAAAUCGAGAGAUCUCAGAAAGCCAAAGAGAAAAGAUUACCACAUCCCCAUCAGCAUGGGAUGUCUCCAGUAAGGACGGGAGUAACCUUCAUAAUGAGUCAGAGAGUCUAAAACAAAAGAAUAACAUAAUGGAAAAAGAGUACCUUGGUUUGCUGCACGAUGGGACUGACCCUCAAGUCUCUUGUUACAUUACAGCGCCAUCGCAUGUCCUACAGCAGAUUGAUUGCCAGAUAAUUAACAACCUGAGCUCCUUUAUAGUGAGCGAUGGUGAAGAAUUGGUCAGCAAUGUAAUCACUGUUCAAUGCUCAGAUAUGGAAAUGAAAAUCCCAUUCCCAAUAUGCAUUGCAAUUCCAUUCAAGGCACGCUACAAGGGAAAUUACAGAGACCUCAUGGUGAAAAUGUCUGACACCAACUUCCGGUCCAGCUACCUCACCCCACAUACGCUGGAAAGAAUGAGGGGAAGUUACACGGGAACUUGUGCUGCAGUGAAUGUUUACAAGUUGGGAAUGUUUUCUGUAGUGUCUUGUUUGAAAAAGCAGUCUUUCACAGUGACAAGAAAGGGGCUUACUCUGAAGUCAAGCAUGGAUGCCCGGAUAUCCUUCUGUUACCCUGCGGGAGUUUUCAGCUCGCCUGUGCUUGUACAAUUGAAGAUCCAGCCAGUUGACCCUUCUCUGCUGUUACAUUUAAAAUCCCAUCAAGAUCUCUCAUAUUCAGUACUGUCCACGAGCCCCCUUAUCCACGUCCAGCACCCAUCAACUCAUUCCUUUCAGAAGCCAGUCACUGUAUUCCUCCCUUGUCCUCUCCCCGAAAAAAAGAACCCUGAGUCUGAGAAAGAUCAUGGGAGACCAGACAGUGCCACCGUGCACAGGAGAAUACCAACACCCUUGCACUUCAACAGGACCAAAAGUGCAUCCAUCAGAAAACCCCUUAACAACACUUGUGAAACUUUGAAAUUACUAGGAUUCAGAAACAGAGACAGUGGUUGGUUUGCUGUUGAUGACAUUGUGGUGAGAACUGUCCAGAGCGGCUUGAUAUCAUUUGAAUUAAGUGAACACCUGGAGAGGUUUAUCGUACUCCACCUGUCUUCCACAGUGGACAACAGCCAGCUGGUUUCUUUUGUGAAGUCUUUAGAGGAAGCCUCACUCAGCACCACCGCCUGCAUUGUACUGUCACACCGGAAGGACAAUCCGCACAGCCUGGUUAUUUUAGUGGUACCUUCUAAGGAGUUAAAUCUGGCUCUGAAGAACUUGCGCUCAGAGGGGUUUGGAGGACUUCCAGAAUCAUCUAGACAUUUCCAAGUAAAAGAAGGAGAACAACUUCUUUUAAGAUUUACUGGAAACAUAUUUGGCUCAAGAAGCACAUCCCAGGCACAGGCGUUCCAGGUCGGCGUAAACUGUGUGCCUGAGGAUUAUCAGAGACUAAGAAAACAGGGUCACCAGGCAAGAGAAGAGUACCUUUCCUAUAUGAGUGGCAAAUUCUGCUCCAAGAAGCCAUGGGCUUUUAAGCAAAACCCCAUCAGAUGCAAAAUACCUCUAAGACCCAGAAAGCAUGAAAAAGUAAUCAGCCGUCCAAAGAGUACCAAAAGAGUAUCUACAGACCCUCUAGAGGCCCUUUGGGAUAACUUGCUUCACUGGCUGGCUGAGGAGCUGUCUGAAGAAGGCGUGGAGGUCCUCGGCGCCUCCCUCCCUCUGCGCCGCAGCACAGUGCAGCUCAUCAGACUCAAGCACCCCGACGAUCUGAUAGAGCAGAUCCACGAGCUGCUUUGCUUCUGGAAAAGAGCGCUCCCGACUUCCACGGACAAAAUUCGCCUCCUGGCUCGCCAUCUCCGCAAGAUGGGCCGCGCUGACCUCGCCGAAGAGCUCAAGUUCAAGUGGGAGCAUAAGGUGUUCACAGAGCCGCAGGCCUGGUUUGACGCCGCUGCCGAGUGAAGCUGUGCUCAGGCAUGGCAUGCCUCCUUACCCUUAGAAGCGCUCGCCGAGCGUCAGCCUCUCCGGCUACCGACUGAGGCUGUCCGAAGUAAGACUGUGUGAUGGAGAAUGACUCUGUAAAAUUAAAGUAGUUGUUUCGUGACUUCAAGUAAUCAGUUCCAGUUGCAGAGAUGACAGAGGGCCACACGAGACAACGUGAGGUCAAGGGGCCAUGAUAAGCAGUGACAAGUCAGUUUUAGGAAACUGAAAUUCUUAAAAUAAAUUCGAAGUCUGAAACCACUUCACCCACUCACUGAAGUAAGACUGGAGGGGGAGAGGAGAGUGAGUUAUACCAUAUUCUUCUCUUCCUUCCUGUGGUCCUGCUUCUAAAGCUGUGACCCUCAUCUAAACUCCUCUCCAAGAUGCCACACUCCCCCGGGUUUUAUAAUUGGCUUUUCUUCUUUCUUUAGAACUGGAGCUGAGACCAGUUCCUUUCAGGUACAGCUGCACUAUUCCUUUUCCUUCUCCCAUGCGUUCUUUCUUCUAUUAAGACAAGGACCCUUUAAUUCUUCCUAAUCUAUCAUACCGUCUUUUUCUUGUUGAGAUCUCAGACAAUACAUCUCUGUACCAUCACCUCACACUUGAGAAAACUGUCCACCUAUAUUUUACCAGAAUGGGAGUGAUGUAUACUGUAUGUAAUUUAUAGUGUCAGAAGUUACUGUCUUAUUUAAUUAUAUGCAUUUUUCAAUUCCUUUAAAUGUUUUACAUGAAAGUUCAUCUCAUAGCAUAGUUAA